UGUUCAGUAUAGCAGAUGGUGCCCAUUGACCAGAAGAAAAUAUAAUACUCAUUUAUUUUGCUGACUGACCAAUGUUGUAAUCAGUCAUCACUGUAUGGGGUAAUACUGAACAGUGCCUAUACACAUAUUUUGAUAGAUAACAUGUAUGUAUUAGAGAUACAAGUGGUAUUGGCUCUAAAGACAGCAUGACCAUGUAUCAUCAAAAUAACUCUUGAAAAUUCUUAGGUUUAGGGGAAAUUGCUACACUGGAGAUUGACAAUCCUGUCUUUUAGUAAGUUUCUCAUAACUAAUUUUUCUUCCAGAUUGGAACAGGUCACCAUUUCUUGAGUUGUCACCGGAUGGGUAUCAUUAAACCUUGGCAUCAGUUCUCUUGACAGGAUGUGUACACCACAGAAAAUUCACAUCUGCCAACUCAUGUUCAUUCCUGGGCACAUUUUGCUGUGUAGAAUGGAGCAGUGGCGGUGGCAUGGAAGAAUCCUGUUUCAAGUUGGUUUACUGCUAUGCUCCACUGUUUUGGUGGAGGAAUUUUAUCCUGUCUACUGCUUGCGGAGCCUCCACUGAGGUUUCUUGCAAACAACACUAAUAUAUUACUGGCAUCUUCAAUCUGCAUAAUACUCUCCAGGUCCAUCCAUGCUGUCGUAAAAGUUUCCCAGGGCUAUUCUUUCCUACCUGUUCAAGUCCUGGCUGCAGGAAUGAAGGAAGUGACCAGAACUUGGAAAAUAGUAGGUGGAGUCACACAUGCUAGUAGCCAUUACAAAAAUGGCUGGAUAGUCAUGAUAGCUAUUGGAUGGGCCCGAGGUGCAGGUGGUAGCAUUAUCACAAGUUUUGAGCAAUUGAUAAAAGGAGGUUGGAAACCACAAGCUGAUGAAUGGCUGAAGAUGUCCUACCCUGCCAAGGUAACCCUGCUUGGGUCAAUUAUCUUUACAUUCCAGCACACCGAGCACCUGGCAAUAGCAAGGCAUAAUCUUGUGUUCCUCUAUACCGUGUUUCUUGUGGUCACAAAGAUAAUCAUGAUGACUACAGAGAUUCCUACUGUGCCUUUUGCUCCUUUUGAGGAUACAGUUAGUCGGAUAUUGUUUGGCUGGCAGCAGCAUUUCUCACCAUGUGAAAAAAAAAGUGAAGCGAAAUCAUCUGUCAAAGGUACUAGAUCAUCGACCUCAAAAUCUACAGCUGCUACUUCAGAUAAAGUUAAAAAGAAAGACACUAAGAAGACUGAGUAAAUUUACUUGAUGACUUUUAGAAGGCAAAAAAAUUUCUUAUCUACCUGUCAGAUUGUGAUAAAUAUUUCUAUUGUAAAUAAUGUGAAAUAAAGAUUAUACAUAAGGAAUGGAGGUGACAAAAAGAAAGAACUUUCUAUUUCAGGGAGACUAUCUCUUUCUGGAUUGUAAUUCUCAAGUGUUAUGAGUGUAUCAUGUGAAACUGUUUUUCUAAGUUAUAUAAAAAAUUGUGAUUUUAUAGUUUUAUAUUGAUAAAAGCAGGCUAGAUUUUUUAAUGGUAGAGAAAGUAAACUUUUUAUCACUGUAAAAUUAUAAAAAUUAAACCUUUCUGUUUUAUUUAGAUAUUUUUAAAUCUUUUUGAGAUUUAGUUCAGCAAAAUUAAACUUUUAUUUCACAUUACCAUUAUAAUUUCUAGAUAUGGAAAACAAAAUUAAAAUUCCUGUUUAAUUUUGAACACUGGGAAGAGUAAACUUGACCUAAAUCACUUUAUAUUACAAAUGAAAUAAAUUUCUAGUUUGUAUUUCAGAUAUAAACAUUGUAUAUUUUGUCCACAUUAAAUGGAAAUACCUGAAAUUUUAUUAGUUUUUUCUAUUAGCUUUUUUCAUUGAGAACAAAGUAUUAGCAUGAGUCUUGAAGUCUGUUUCAUGCCCUUGUUUGUACUGUUUCUUCUCAAAAGAAAAUCAGGGUUAUAAUUUUUAAUAAAUUACUAAUCCUGUGUUUUGCUUUGUAAGUUUCAUUUGAGGAGCUUAUAUAUUUUUUCCUCUCCUUAAAACACAUUUGUUUUUAACUGUGAGAGAGAUUAUUAUUCUCAGCAUUUCACAUGUUCUUCUUUUUUAUCUUAGUUGGUUUGAAUACUUUGAUGGGUAGUAUCAUCUUAAUGAUUUAACAAAAAGUAUUUCAAUUUAAAAAUUUUCCCAUUGUGUCUUCUAAUGGGAACUUUUCAGUUUUCUAGUUGAAAUGUCUCUGACUAGUUUGCAUAUGUUUAUGUUAUAUUUUAAUCUAUGUGUCAAUAUUAUUCAUUUUAUUUUAAAUUAAAAAUAAUUAACCCUUAUGUGAAAAUGUUUAGCUCUAAUGAGAAUUGUCCUUGGGCCUUUGGCAGUAACCAACGAGCCAAGAAGAAACAGAAGCUAAAAUCUCAUACAGUAGUCCAUUUGAGUGAAGAAUGACGACAUUAAACCUGGUUCCUUUUAGAUUUUCUUGCUUUAUUUUAUAAAGUCCAGUUAUAACUUUAAAGCUCUGUGAUUGACAUUUUUUCAGUCUACACUGUGUACCUGCCUACCUGCAAAGAAUUACUGUGUAUCCAGAAUUUUUGGAUGGUUAAGGAGUACUCAAAUCAUAUUCAGAUUAAAAGUUUUUUGUUUUAAAACAUUUUAAACAAAUACCAACACCAGCAGGGAUAAUACUUUUACUUGCUAAAAAAAAAUUUGGGGUGGGUGGGACGGGACCUUUGAUAGCUUUUGGAUACUAAGGAGUUUAUUUUUAAUAUUGUGACAGAAGGCAUUAAGUAUUUAAGAGUUGUUUGUUAUAUUUGAUACCCUUGUAAAGAGUUAAGAACUUUUCAAAAUUAACAUGUUACUACUUGUGGACUUAGUCUUGAAGUUUGAGUUUGACUAUAGUAGUUGAAAUGGCAGGAAUCUUGUUUUAUACUUGUGUUAAAGACAAAUUUAUUAAAAUAAGUUAUUUAGCACCAA